AUGGAUAUUGACAAGAAAGAACCGAUUGAAGAUACCGUGGACGAGAAAGAUGUGCAAAUUGGCACCGUAACGGAUCUUGACGAAGGAGAGGUCUUUCUCCACCAGCAUGGAUUCAACCAGGAGGCACUGCAAGCCUUGCUGGACGAUGAGCCACGCAACAAAUCUCUCGUCCGCAAAGUUGACCUGAUCUUAUUACCCUUACUCGCAGGAACAUACAUGCUCCAGUACAUCGACAAGUCAGCGCUCGCCUACUCCGCGGUCUUCGAUCUCCUCUCCUCCACGAACAUGUCCAGCGACCAAUACAGCUGGCUCGCCAGCAUUUUCUACUUCGCAUACCUUGUCGCCGAGUACCCAUGGAACAUCCUCGCCCAGAAGACGAAGCUCGCGAAGGUUGUUUCUGGAAACAUCAUUGCCUGGGGUGCGAUGCUCAUGAUCACUGCCGCGUGCACCUCCUUCACAGGAAUGGCCAUCUGUCGCUUCUUGCUGGGUGUUUUCGAAGCCCCCAUCACCCCAUGCUUCAUGUUGAUGAUUGGAAUGUGGUACACACGUGCCCAACAGCCUUUUCGCGCCGGUGUCUUUUACAGCUGCAACGGACUCGGAGCGAUGGUUGGCGGUAUUUUGACAUACGGAAUUGGACAAAUCCACACCAUCGCCGUCUGGAGGGCGAUUUACCUCAUUUUGGGAGGAAUCACUCUGGUAUGGGGAGUCGUUAUGCUUCUCUUCCUUCCUGAUGACGUCGUGUCAUCGAAGCGUUUCACCCUGGACGAGAAAGCCCUUUUGAUUGGCCGUCUUCGGGUUGGCCAAACUGGUAUCAUCAACCACCAAAUCAAGUGGUACCAGAUUCGCGAAGCCUUAAUAGAUCCCCAGGUCUGGAUUCUAUUCUUCUUCACACUCUUGAAUGAGGUCGUCAAUGGUGGAAUCGCUAGCUUUGGCAAACUCAUCAUCAAGGGAUUGACCACCGACUCUGCAACUGCAGUUGCUUUGGGAAUUCCCUUUGGUGGCUUCCAGAUCUUCUAUGUCCUUGGAGGCACAUACCUGGCGUCACGAGUGAAGAAUUUCCGCACUGUCGUCAUGUUUGUUUACUUGUUGCCCACAAUCCUGGGUGCUAGCCUUCUGUGGAAGCUGGACCAUGCUACUUACAAGGUUGGAGUAUUGUUUGGAUACUAUAUCAUUGGGGCUUAUGUCUGUUCAUUGGUUUUGGCUUUGCAAAUGCCAGCAACGAACCUCGGUGGAUACACUAAGCGAACCACCAGUGUCGCCUUGGUGUUUCUGGCAUACUGUGCUGGCAACAUCAUUGGCCCGCACGCAUUUCUCGCUAAAGAAGCACCCAUUUACCAGACUGGUGUCAAGCUGAUCCUUGCAUGCUCAUCUGCCCAAGCAGCCCUUGCUGUGUUGUUGCGUUUCGUGCUGGCUCGCAGAAACAAACAAAGGGACGCAGCGGCAGUAGCUGACGGCCAAGUUCAAGGUGCUGCCAAUGAAAGCACCAUGGCAGAUUUGACAGAUUUCGAGGUUGGUUUCCCACCCAACUGA